AUGGCAAUGAUGGCAAGACAACACAACUUGGCUGUUCGCCUGGUGCAACUUUUGUGUCUCGCGGCCGCUGUUUCGGCUUUCAGCCCCCACAACCUUGACACAUCACUACAAGGAUGGACUUGCAACAACAUGGAACAGCUUUCUGACAGCAACAAAAAGGCAGCCACAGUAGCAAGCUUGGCCUUGGUCGCAUCUGCGUCCAUGACGGCAUUCCCAGCAAUCAGCCAUGCGGUGGAUCUAGAAAGCAUGCACGGAGGUGCCAUUACCAUGGCUUCAACAACUAGCGGUUUAUUGAACAGGCUUACCGAGACUGGAUUCUACCAGGCAUUUACUCUGGUGUUCCUAAGUGAAAUUGGCGACAAAACCUUCUUCAUUGCUGGCCUCUUGGCCAUGAAAACAUCCAAAUUAGCUUCUUUCUUGGGAUCCAUGGGUGCCCUAGGGGCAAUGACUGUGCUAUCCGUCCUCAUUGGGCAAAUCUUUCAUGCAGUGCCAUCUGGGUUUGGCGAAGGAAUCCCACUCGAUGACAUUGCAGCUUGCAUUGCUUUCGCAUUCUUUGGUUUCAAGACACUGAAGGAUGCUUUGGAUAUGGAAGAGGGAGAAAGUGUCAUGGAUGAAGAGCUGGCCGAAGCAGAAGAGGAAGUUGAGAACAGUGAUUCGGUCAAGAGAACCACAGCUUGGGGUCAACUGGUCAGCAUUUUUGCUCUUGUCUUUGCAGCAGAGUUCGGAGACCGUUCGUUCCUCUCGACAAUCGCCUUGUCUGCAGCCCAAAACCCGGUCAGCGUCGGAGUCGGCGCCAUUGCUGCUCAUGGUGUUGCCACUGGCAUUGCUGUAUCCGGAGGGUCUUACAUUGCCAAGUACAUAUCGGAACGAGUCAUCGGCAUUAUUGGUGGCUGCCUAUUUCUUGUGUUUGCCCUGACAACUGCACUGGGAAUAUUCUAAGCAGUUAGCUAUCUACCUGACCUUAAUUUGCUGCUUCUGCUACGACUGUACCUGAUCCUUUGAAACCCUUCAUGUCAUCAAAUGGCACUACCAUUGUAGACAAGUUGAUUCGAUUCACUGCCUACCGGUAGCUAGACUCGACUCGAGCCAGCGUGAAAAGAAGGGAAGGAUCGGUGGGCAGUAUGCAAACAUGGUGUCAUGCCAAGCCAAAGGAGAGCGACAGCAACAAUCCGAGCAGGGUACCAGGUAUGGGGAAGAAUGAUCAAUCUUACAACCGUACGGUACGCUGUGCCAGCUACUACUAGCUA